AUGCAGCCUAUUUUUCUUCUCGCAAUGGCCUCGGCCGCCUUGGCUCUGCCUCCCCCUUUUCUCGGACCUUUGCGUCCCAACCACACAAUUACCAACUGGGGACAACGCCACUGCGACGAGGACAGUGAGCAGUAUGUCGCAAACCCUUCCUUCGAGGACGGUCUCGUCUACUGGACGGCCAGCGACGACGUCCGGGUCCGGGAGUACGACGAGUGGAACACGUCUUCUCUACGCUUCAGGCUUAUGGAUGGAGAGAAGUACCUAUACAUGAUCUCGUCCAGCUCGGAGAGCAGCAUCUCCCAGCCGAUCCGAGGAUUCAACGAACCCUCGGUGACCCUAACCUAUGACUGGUCAUACGAGAUCAUGGGCGAUGGGGACGACGCGUCCGAUCUGGAGUGCACCCUGACCACCACCUUUGGCGUCACCCCGGUGUGGUCGUGGAAACGGGGUAAGACUGGCGGUCGAGGGUCAGUGACGACCACCUUCUCAUACGUCAGCGGUGCGGAUCUCGGGUUUGUGUUCAAGUGCGACAAUGACGACUAUGUGGGUUCUGUGGGUAUUGAUAGCGUCAACCUUUACGGCUGCUACCUGGGUGAAGAUUGA